AUGCCGCCCUUACCAGGUUUCUCCGACAACCCGUUGCGCACCCGCGAGGAUGUCGUGCGGGCGAGUAGAGCCCUAAUCGCCCCUCUGCUACCCUAUUUUUCCCCCACCUGCGCCCGCAUCCAUAUCCCCGUCGCCGUGGGCACCCAUUUCGACGAGACCGCAGCAGAGCUCGAAGGAUUCGCCCGCCCGCUGUUCGUCGUCGCAUCGCUGCUCCAUGCUAGGGAGUCGCCCCUCGAUGAGCUCCUGCAGCCGUGGGUGCACGGCUUCACCGCCGGCACAGACCCGGAGCACGCGGAAUACUGGGGUCCCAUCUCCGACAGGGACCAGCGGAUGGUCGAGGCCGAGAUGGUCGCCUUUGCGCUGCUCGCGGCGCCCCGGGAGGGACUGUGGGAUCGGUUCGACGCCCGGACCAAGACCAACGUGGCCAACUGGUUGCGCUCGAUCCAGGGGAAGCAGAUGCACGUUUCCAACUGGCUGUGGUUCCGGGUGAUGGCGAAUGUUGCGCUCAUCAAGGUGUGUGGGGUUGCUGUCCAUGAGCUGCAGGAGGAGAUGGAGCGGGAUCUUGCGCAGCUGGACGCCAUGUAUCUCUCGCAUGGCUGGUCGAGUGAUGGGAUCUGGCCGGACGCGGACGAGGUGCUCAAGACGGAGGAGGAGCUGUUCAGGGCGGCAGGGAAGAGGCACCAGAGGUUCUGGUCACGCCAGGCGGAUUAUUACUCGGGGAGCUUUGCCAUCCAGUUUAGCCAGCUCCUCUAUGUUAAGUUUGCUUCUGAUUUGGAUCCCCAACGAGCCGAGAAAUACCGUCAACAGGCGAGGGAGUUUGGACAGGAUUUCUGGCGGUAUUUUGAUGAAGAAGGUGCUGCAAUCCCCUUUGGUCGAUCUCUAACGUAUCGCUUUGCGUGUGCUGGGUUCUUCGCUGCCCUUGCGCUCGCCGAGGUCGAUUGCCUCCCCUCGCCUCUUGACAAGCCGGGGACAGUCAAAGGGCUUCUAUUAAGACAUGUACGCUGGUGGGCAAAUCGUUCUACCGACAUUUUCCACGCCGACGGGACACUGAACAUCGGCUGGCUGUAUCCCAACAUGUUUCUGAGCGAGGGCUACACCUCCUCGCAAUCGGUCUACUGGGCCCUAAAGUCCCUCGUCGUCGUCGCCCUAUCCAGCACCAGCAGCUUCUGGACCGAGCCUGAGGGCGCUUACCCCCAGACCACCACCGUGUCCCCGGUCCUCUACCUCGCCGCUCCCCGCCAGAUCCUCUGCAACCACCCCGCAGGAAACCACCAUUUCCUCCUCAACCCCUCGCAGUACCUAAAGCGGGCCUUUAAAAACACAACCGCAAAAUACUCCAAAUUCGCCUACUCCUCCGCCUUCCCCUUCUCCCUCGCCGUCGGCGCCACCCUCCCCGCCCAGAUCGCUCCGGACAACGCCCUCCUCCUCAGCCGCGACGGCACCGAGACCUGGGCGACCAAGACGCUCUGCACGGAUGCGCGGGUUGGCACUGCCCGUGUCCGUGUCCAUGUUCGGGACUCCGAUCCGGCGAGACAUACAUGCGAAGAACUCACAGUGGUCUCUGCGCAGUGGUACCCGUGGGCGGAUCGCCAGGUUUCGGUCACGACGGCCCUCGUUCCGCCGUCAGUCAGAUGGCCGGACUGGCACGUGCGGGUUCAUAGAAUUGCCGUGCGCGGCCGGGGGCUCAGGACGCUGCAUACGAUUGAAGGUGGGUUUGCGAUUGAGAAGGAUCCUCGACCCCAGCAGCAGCAGCAGCAGCAGCAGCAGCGGCAGCAAAGGACAGGGCUAGCAGGAGCAGACGCCGUCGGCGGCGGCGGUGGCGCUGUGGCCUUUACCCGCGCCGGGGCAUCCGGUAUUUCGACCGAGACGCCCGUCCGCGAACCCCGACCAGAUGCACCUCCACAUUCACCUCGGACAAUGUCUCCGACGUCUACAGUCGAAGUCAUCGAUUUAGAAGCCAACACGAACCUCGCCGCCCCGCGCACAGUGUGCCCCGUGAUCGAGCACGCAGAGUGGGACGUGGUGGCGGGAGCUGAGGUCUGGCUGGUAACCAAGGUGUUUGCGGUUUCGAGCGAGGCGAAUGGUCGGGGAAAACUCCAGCUCCGUGGUGGCAGUAGGACGGUUGAGGAGAGGUGGUUGGAUCAGCCGCAGGUUCGGAUUUGGUCUCGGUCUACGGGUUCUUGUGCCGAAGGUCCGGGGGAUUAUAUUGAGUUAUCCAAGGAUAUCUUAUAG